AUGGCAGCCACCACGGUGACCGACUCCGGGGGUGUGAGGAUCAUCACUGAGGUCAUCUCAGCCACAGACCCCACCAUCCACAUCUUCACCGGGAUCAUCCACAUCUGCUUUGGGAUCAUCCUGACGCUGUCAGAGCACGGGAUUCCCUCCCUCCCCGUGGCCAGCGGGGUCCUCUUCUGGCUCGGGCUCCUGCUCGUGGUCUCAGGAUCUCUGCUGGUGGAAAGUGAGAAAAGAGAUAACAUCUUGCUGGUGAAGACCUGCUGCGUCGUCAACAUGGGGGUCAUCCUGAGCACGUUGGUAGCCACCCUCCUCCACACCGUGGCCAUCACUCGUGACAUCGCCGGCUGUGAGACCAAGAUGCCUUAUCAGCUGAAAGCUGAGUGGUGCUUCAACGCUGAGAACAAGAUGUUGAUCAACGGGUUGGAUUCCAUCUUCGUGAUCUUCUGCUUGCUGGAGUUCUGCGCCGCGGUGGCAGCUCUGGCCUUUGGCUACAACGCCGUUAAGCAGCACAACUACACCCGCAUG